AUGUUGAGUCGUCAGAGGCUCGUUGCCAUGACAACGCUGCAUUUAACGCACCGACCUAGUUCCACCCGCCCAAAUGUUAAUGACCUCCAAAACCCAGGUCGAAGUUCACGUUACACGAGUAAGAGAUUAUCUACAUCCACCCCUAUAGAUGACUUCACGGGUCACCCGCUAUUGAUCCGCAAGGGGUGGUUGUUCUGUAAGGGUUUCGAGUUAUAUUCCCGUCUCGCUCCAAUCAAUCGGCUGUCUCUGUCUCGCGGCCGCGUGGCGCCGGUCGUCGACCCCGGGCCGGUCGUUACCCCGUACUUGCACCCUUCUACCCCGUGCCCCAAGUCACCCCUCUACCGAAUCUUGGACCCGAGUCUCAACGCUGACAUUGACUCAACGCGAGUUCAACGCUCUGCUUUAUGCUUCCGUUUUCCGUUGUGA